AUGCACGCCGCUGCGAACCCAUUGAGGUGCCGCUCUCUUCGACUCCCCAACGCUGCUCUUUCCGCUCAAACGCCAUUGUACUUGGAUUUCCUUGCUCCCAUCACCCUUCGCCGCUCCCAUCGUCGACGUUUCUUUUUUAGUGCGAGGUCUUCAACAAAGGACGCCCCAGAGUCUUUGGACCCCGUCGAACAAAACCACUCGUCCCCAUCUACCAAGCCCCGAUAUGUUCUCUCCCGAGCACAAAGAGAGUAUCUUGAUCGCGCGCUGCGAGUGAACCAAGCUGGGGAACUCGCUGCAACACUGAUAUAUGCAGCGCAAAAGCCGCCUAUCGUACGAUCGCAUCCCCAUCUACGAUCGUUGAUGAAGCAUAUGUAUGAUCAGGAAGCUGUACAUUUUGCCAAUUUCAAUCACUUGGUAGCGAAGCAUCAAGUGCGGCCCACGGCCAUGUAUCCGGUCUGGGAAGUCGCUGCAACUUUCCUAGGUUGGUCGACAGCGGUCAUGGGACGAGAGGCAGCAAUGGCAUGCACUGAGGCAGUGGAGACGGAAAUCGGGACGCAUUAUAAUGAACAAGUCAGCACAAUCAUGGGGUGGAUGAAGGAAGCCGAACAACGCGGAGAAGAGGUGGAUGAAGAAAUCAAGGACCUGUUAGCGCUAUUGAGGAAAACUCGUGAUGAGGAGCUGGAACACUUAGACCAUGCCGUUGAAAAUGACUCCAAGGAAGCGAAGCCAUAUGAUCCUUUGGUGAAUAUUAUUCGAACCGGAUGCAGGGCAGCAAUCAACAUCAGCGAGAGAAUCUAG